CAGGUCUGGGCAGCGGAAGCCGCGCCAGCGCCAGCAGUAGCGGCGGCGGCUGCAGCGCCGCGCACAAAGCCAGCAGACAUGAGUGAGUCGGUGGUCUGCUCGACUCGAGCCACGGUGAUGCUCUACGAUGACGCCAACAAGAAGUGGGUGCCGGCCGGGGGCGGCCCCCAGGCCUUCAGCCGCGUCCAGAUCUACCACAGCCCUGCCAACAACACGUUCCGGGUGGUGGGCCGCAAGAUGCAGCCGGACCAACAGGUGGUCAUCAACAGUCCGAUCGUGAAGGGGCUGAAGUACAACCAGGCCACGCCGAACUUCCACCAGUGGCGCGAUGCCCGCCAGGUCUGGGGGCUCAACUUCGGCACCAAAGAGGACGCCAGCCAGUUCGCCAGCGGGAUGAUGCAGGCGCUGGAGGUGCUGGACUCCGGGAAUUCUGCGCCGCCGCGGCCGAUGCAAAAUGGCCCCUCGGCAGACGAAAUGGCGGAGCAGCAGAAAAGGCAGCAGCUGGAGCGAGAGCAGCAGGAGCAGGCCGAGCGAGAACGGCGGGUGACCAUCUCAGGACCGCCUGCCACCCCCUCAGGGGGAGCCCCCCCACCACCCCCGGGACCACCGCCAGCUCCACAGUGCCCACCCCCAGGACCUUCGUCAGGCCUGCUGGGACAGCCUCCAGGAGCGCCACCGGGCCCACCGCCCCCUCCGGGGCCACCCCCCCCACCUGGGCCGCCCCCAUGCUCUGCACCCACAGGAGGGGGGCCGCCCCCAGCCCCACCCCUCCCCCCUUCCCAGGGCCCUGCCGGGGGUUCCGGGCCGCCCACCGGCUUGGCUGCGGCACUCGCUCAAGCAAAGCUCAAGAAAGUCGGCAAGGAGGAGGGACCAAAGGCUGCCCCCGGAGCUGCAGCCCCUCCCAGUGGCCCAGGCGGGGGGGGCCUCAUGGAGGAAAUGAGCGCCAUGCUGGCACGGCGGAGGAAAGUUGCGGAGCAGGGCGAGAAGCCCCUUCCCAGGAAAGACGACAGCCCUGCGCACGACGAUGCAGAGGCUGCGGGUGCCAAGACCACAGACUCCUUCCGGAGGCCCUGGGAGAAGACCAGCACGACGCUCCCCAGGAUGAAGUCUGCCGGGGCGAUUACCGGGUCAGAACCGGCAGGAGGAGGAGCUGGGGAUGAAUCGGAGCUGGAACGGGUGAAGCAGGAGCUUCUGCAGGAGGUCCGGCGUGAGCUGCAGAAGAUGAAGGAGGAGAUCAUUCAGGCGUUCGUGGCGGAGCUACGGAAGCGGGGAUCGCCUUAGCCCCCUGCCACCCGUGGGGCCACCGGUGGCUGCAGCUGAAUCCUCCCCAUGCGCAGACGAGAAUAAACAAUGAGAAAAAAUGAAGAAGAAACCCGAUCACCUUCCCCCCCAUCAUGCACCAGACGAGCCCCUCCCCACACAGACUCACACAGAGCCCCCCUUCCCCGCUGGCUCCGAGGCCUCUGGCCCCCGCUGUGCAAUUUCCAGGUGGGGGAGGGACGAUCGCAGCGGUCCCCACCCCAGGAAGGGCCGGACCCCCACCUGUGCCUUACCCAGAGCAAUAGCAGCACCGCCCCCCGCCCGGCCUGCCCCUUGCAGAGAGGCUGUUCCCACGGGGCCGGGGGCCGCUUCCCUGGCGGAACGGGCCUCUGGCUGCCCCACACUGCCAUUCCCGGAGGGUGCGCCCCCCUUCCUCUUCCCUCGUUCGGCGUCCAUGUUCCACGUCCCCUUCCCCUGGAGAGGGGGUGCAGGCAGCGUGGGCAGGGGGCACGGCCCUCCGAGGGGCGCCCUGGCGAGCACCUGCUUCCCGAAGAGGUGCCCCUGGCUGGGAGAAUCCCCACCCCCCGCUCAGCUCGAGACGCUUCCUUCCCUGGAUUCGGGCCGACGCCGGCGACCUGCUUCGCGGCCCCGGCCGGGCCUGCCUCCUCGGGCAGUCCGUGGCGCAAGCUGCCUUCCUCCCGCGGUCCUCCUUCUGCGGAGGCGAGGCUGCAGGGGUCCGGGCAGAGGGGCAGAGGACCGACCGGGGCGGCUGCACAGGCUGCGGGGCAGCAUCUGCCAGGAGCACCUUCACCCCGGCAGCCCCGGCCGGUGGCUGCCCGUUUGCCAGCCGCGGCCCUUUCGGGGCACCACUCCUGCGGUGCCUGUGGCCAUGCAUGCGCCCCCCGAGAGGAGGGAACUCCUCCCGAAUCAGGGCCCUCAGCCCUCCACACACUUCCAAGGACCCUUCCUUGUUUCACACACGCGGCUGGUUUUUCUUGGUUUUGUAACUUUUGAUUUUACACAUGGCGAACGGGGUACUUCUCAGAAUAUUUUACCUGUUCCUGCUCCCACCUUUCUGGGUCCUUUUUAAAAAUGUUUUCACCCUCUGCCUCCGUCAGGCUGUGGAGGGAGGCGGGACAGGCUCUUGGCUUUUCUACUGAGCUGUAAUUUUUGACGUUUGUUUUUGUUGAGCUGGAUGGAAUAUUAUAUUUUGAUUUAUUAUUAUUAUUAUUACUGAUCUGCUGGGUAUUUCUGCCCGAUUUCUACCUACCCUUCCAACACGCAGCACCCGCUCACCUGCCGAUGGGCACGAGGGUCUUGGGCACAUGCACCAAACUUCUUUAGGAAUAAAUCUUUUUCCUUUUUUGAAAAAUUGCAAAA